GACCUUACACAUCUGCCACGGGCUAGAAUGGAAAUCUGUAUUGAUAAUGUCGAAUCUGCAAAAAAUGCAAUCAAAGGUGGCGCCUCUCGACUUGAAGUAUGCAGUGCAUUAUCAGAAGGAGGUUUAACACCAACUCCUGGAUUUUUAUCCCUGAUCAGAAAAAUUUCCCCAAUUAAAAUUUAUGCAAUGAUCAGAGUCAGAGCCGGAAAUUUUGUUUAUACUCGCGAAGAAAUGGAUGCAAUGCUCAUAGAUAUUGAAGCUCUAAAAAAUCUAAAAACAGACGGUUUCGUUUUUGGCGCCCUUACAGAGGAAGGAGAGAUCCAUGUCGAUUUUUGCAAAGAAAUUAUCACUGCUGCAAGACCAUUUCCUGUCACUUAUCAUCGAGCUUUCGACCAAGUUAACGAACCUCUAAAAUCUCUAGAAACAUUAUGCGAAGUUGGAUUCGAGAGGGUUUUAACUUCUGGCCAGAGAUUGUCAGCUUUAGAAGGAAUUUCUUUAAUCAAAAAACUAAUCGAACUAGCUCAAGCAAGAAUUAUAAUCAUGCCUGGUGCUGGAAUCACUAAGGAUAAUUUAAAAGCUAUUAAAGAAAAAUCUGGUGCUAAGGAAUUUCAUGCCUCAGCGAAAAGGGCAAAAAAAUUUCUCAAACGCUCAACUGAUGUCAAAAUUGGAAGUGGGACUGACUUUUGUGUCAUGGUAACUGAUGAAGAAUUGGUGAGAGAACUGGUCAAUAUUCUGAAAGAAAAUAGAUGACAAUCUGAGAUUUUUAUGAAUUUGUACCAAUAAAGAACUUUUUUACACAUUAAA